GACCCAGGAGUGUCAGUGGAAACUCUGGCGCUGUCGGUCACGACUCUGCCGUGGGUGGGCAGAACGCAAGAGGUGAACGCCCCUGGGAGCCGGAGCAGUGACAGAGCUGCGGACACCCUAUAACUGGAGGCUGAAGGCCGCAGAGCGGAGGGGACCAGACUGAGACGGGGUCGGUUCAUUCACAGCUCCGUGGAGAAAAGGACUCGCAGCACCGGCGCUGGCUCAGGGAUUAACCCGCUCAACUAUCUGCGGCCCAGACCCGCUGAGCUUUUCCGGGUUCCCGCUGACCGAUCACCCCAGCCAUGAGCACAGGUCUGCAGCAAACCCUGUACAAUGACGCUUCCCUGCAACAGGUCCCCACCGAGCUGGACCUCCGAGCGUACGAGUUUGAGAGAGAGUUCCCUCUCCUGUCUCCGAGCUGCACACAGCUGAUGUACCAGACGCUUGGAUCUUCCUUCAACAGACUCAGCAGCGAGGAACAGCAUUCCCAAAUUUCCAAAGAUUACCAGGAAGCCGUGGGUCUGUUUACUGGAGCUGCAACACACCACGCUUACUCAAGGCCACCGUGUUGGGCGGAUUAUGCACUGAGAGAGACUGCCGAGUCCUCCCAGUGUGUCCCGCCUUCAGGUUACGACGAAUCCGGCUUCACCUCGGAGUCUUUUCAAACUCUGCUGCCAGUCAGCUCCGAGGAACUGUACGCCUUGAAAUCCCAAUGUCACUACAAUACCCUGGGACAGGUGGAUCCCGGAGUGGAACUGCUGCACGGCGACUACCUCCAGGUGAAGCAGGAGGCAGCGGACACGUUGACAGGAAUCACGUAUCCAGGUGCAGGAAAACUGUCGAACGGGUUCCAGACGAAUGUCUCCCGCCUCCCCUCGACUGCGGAAGUGAAGGUGAAGACAGAGGAUUCCUUCGGCCUUUCAGACUGCUCUGAGAGUGCUGUCGACAUCGGCUUGUACUGGGACAGAUAUUUAUCGAUCGACAGCCUCACGGGACUCCCUUCUUACCAAGACGCGACCGCGGAGCCGGCGGCUCAUCAGCCGCCGCACAAAGACACCCACUGCCGGAAGGGUUCCGGUGUCGCGAGGGAAGUCACGAGCUCCAGGCCGGUGCUCACCGAGUACACAGGGAAUGGACCCAUCCAACUCUGGCAAUUCCUCCUGGAGCUCCUGCUGGAUAAAUCCUGUCAAUCGUUCAUCAGCUGGACUGGAGACGGCUGGGAGUUUAAACUCUCGGAUCCCAAUGAGGUCGCCAAGCGCUGGGGGAACCGGAAGAACAAACCCAAGAUGAACUAUGAGAAGCUGAGCCGAGGCUUGCGCUACUAUUACCAUAGAGACAUCAUCCACAAGACGACGGGCAAGCGCUACGUCUACCGCUUCGCCCCCGACGUGCAGAGUCUCCUGGGGGAGACUCCUCAGGAACUACACGCUAGGCUGGACGUCAAACCCCGGCAGGAUCAGUGAGGAUUGGGGGCUGGGGUGGUUGCGG